AUGGCAGGAGGCUUUCUUCCCUACCAUGAGCCAAGCAUUGUCGAAAUCCUUAUAAUCAUAUCUUUCUUCUUCUUCCUCUCCCUAGCAGAAUGGGUGUCGGCCAAGAUCAUCAGGGCCGGUAUCAUCGGUCCAAUUGUCAUUGGGAUGGUCUAUGGAACGCCGCUUGCGGAUAUUUUGGACACAGAAUGGCAGCGUACCUUUCUGGCGGUCGGAUAUGUCGGACUGAUCUUGAUUAUCUUCGAGGGUGGACUUAGUGCUCGGCUUGAUCUUCUCAAGCAGAAUUUCUCCCCGAGCAUGUUGGGCGCUGCGACGGGGGUGUGCUUCCCUAUCGGCCUGUCGUAUCUUUUGCUGUACCUGGGCUACGGCUAUGGGGCCGUCGAAACAUUUAUCAUCGGAUCAAGUCUAUCCGCUACCUCGUUGGGGACUACUUUUGCCGUUAUCGCUUCUGCUUCGAAAGCCGUCGACUUGUCCCAGACCCGGGUGGGUUCAAUACUAGUCAGCGCCGCCGUCAUCGACGAUGUGGUAGGGCUGGUCCUGUCAAGUAUCAUUGGCGACCUUGGAAAGCUCUCCGGGGGCGACAACGUUAACCUGGGCUGGCUCAUCGGUCGCCCCAUCGUCGCAUCCUUCGCCAUGGCAAUCGGGACUCCGGUGCUCACCAAAUGGGUGUUCGCUCCGCUAUUCCGCCGAUACAUUGAAUACCACUUUGCCCGUUUAGACCAUCUCUCGAAUAUCGUCUUGAUGGUUCUCGUGCUGUCCGCCUUCAUUAGUAUUGCGGCCUAUGCCGGUACUUCGAUCCUCUUCGGCGCAUUCCUGGCCGGCGUGUUCCUGACGUACAUUCCGAGCAAGCAUCCGGAGGGCCCGUUUGUGGUCUUGAGUCGCGAGGAGGGAGAACGAGAGGCCGACAAGAGUCCCACGUUCGUCCACACCUUUGAGCGAUAUCUCCUCGAUGUGCAAAAGUAUUUGAUGGAGCCGUUGUUUUUUGCGAGUGUCGGAUUCGCUAUUCCGUUUGUACAGCUUUGGACGGGAAAACGCAUCUGGCGAGGAAUUCUCUAUACUCUCUUGAUGGCUUUCGCGAAGGUAUGCAUCCUUGAUCCUGAUAGUAUGUGUGGGGAUGACGACGUUAACAUGGACUAG